GUAUGUGGAGGGGUGUCUGGGGAGGGUACUGAACAGGCUGAAGGGGCAUUCUGCUGUGUGGGAGGGUCUCUGGGAAGACAGGGUGCUCACAGCAAAGCCUGUGGUGAGGGUCUCAGGGUCCCCAGUAAGGAGAACAAGGGAGGAGGUUGUGGGUCCCCAGGCAGGGUUGUUGAGGACCUGCCCCCCCCCCAGGAGGGGCCUGGGACACCCGUGGAACUGAAGGAGGGGUCUUCAGGUCCCCAGAAGCAGGGGCCUCUCAGGCAGGAGUGCUAGGGGAGAAGUGGGGAGAAGGCGGGCUCCUAAGCUGGGGGCCUGGGGUGGGAAGGGCCUCGGCCCAUCCUGCCCUUGUGGCCCCCGGCUGCAGCCUUAGCGGCAUGGGGGUGAAGCGGAGCCUCCAGAGCGGGGGCAUUCUGCUCAGCCUCUUGGCCAACGUCCUCAUGGUGCUCUCCACGGCCACCAACUACUGGACUCGCCAACACGAGGGCCACAGUGGCCUGUGGCAGGAAUGCAACCACCGCAUUUGCUCCAACAUCCCCUGCCAGAGUGAGGAGGCUCGGCCCGCCCGCCACGCUGGCCGUGAUAGCGGCGUGCAUGGUGCUGGCGGCGUGCUUCGGCGUGGUGGGCAUGGUGUUGGGACUAUGGAUUCGGUGCCACGAGGGCGAGUCGCGGCGGGGCCAGACCACGAUCGCCAUCCUCUUCCUCGGCGGACUGCUGCUGCUGACUGCCUUGAUAGGCUACACGGUGAACAACGCGUGGAAGAACAACGUCGUCUUCUCCUGGUCCUAUUUUUCUGGGUGGCUGGCCUUACCCUUCUCAAUUCUCGCGGGUAACCUGGACAGAGGGAAAGGGUGGAGACUACCCAGAAGGCUCCCCAGCUGCCUUGCAGGAAACCCCGGGGACCUCUCAGGGACUCCCCAACACACUCCCGACUCCCACAGACCCGGCAGAGACCCCCCUUGGAGCCCCAAAACCCCAGUCCCCGGGGCCUGCCUGGCCAUCCGCCCCAGGGCCCACCUUCCUCUUCCCGCCCCGCGCUCCCGUCCCCCCAGGCGUCUGCUUUCUACUGGCAGACAUCAUCAUGCAGAGCACCGACGCCAUCAGUGGAUUCCCCGUGUGUCUGUGACCGCAGCCUGUCUGGGGCAGAAUAAAGGAACGGCUUUUUUUGUUUUUUA